UCUCUGCUCUCUAAAAGCCUGUUAGAGAGGCAGUGUGUGGCUUGCAUGUCUCCACUGGUAACUUUUUUUUUUUUUCAAAACUUACACCACUCUUUCUAAGUGUUGGGCUGUUUAGUGAGUGUGAAGAGAGCAGAGAGGGAGAGAGGGAGAGAGAGAGGGAGAGAGAGAGAGACCCCCAUGUUGCUCUGAUUUGACUAAACAAACAGCCCUUUUCAGAGCAGUACCUCCUCCCAACGGACUCCUGGGACAGCAGAGAUUAACCUCAGACUCUGAACAUCUGAGAGAGCUGGACAUUUGAAGCAGCGGACCCUGGAGGGACUACAGCUGGAAAACUCUUCUCUGUCUUCCAUCCGCCGGGCCGGCAGGUUUUCCUUUUUUUUUUUAUUGGGAGACGGGUCAGGGGAGGGAAGACUCAGCCGCGUCUGUGGGAGCGCUCUGAAGAACCAGGAGGCGGGGGAGGAAAUGGACCAGCCGUGUUUUUUGGAACUGCUCGAGAGCUUUGAGCGUUUCGCUUUGGGAGCGGAAGUGCCAGAAGCUUUUAAUUUAGGGAGACAACGUGUGUCUGGCUGGAGUAACUGACUGACUUUGGGCUUUCAGCACACUUCUACCUGAAAACGAUAGGGGGGUCACAAAGCAGCCGCGAUGAGGAGGCUGACAGCAUCUGGGCUCCACCUGAUGGUCACCUUUACAGCUUUUGUGCAUUUCUGCACCGAAGUGCACAGCCUGGAGAUUACCCCUCAAGACAAGGAGUUUGUCCUGGUUCAAGGCUCCUCUCUCACCCUAACCUGCUCCGGCUCCUGGGAGGCAACAUGGGAUUUAAAGAGGGACGAUUCACCAAACGCUCUUGCUGAGCUAGAUGACAAUGGGAAUCCAAGAGCCACAGUGGUUAAAACCGAUGCCAAGACGGUUGCUCUGACCCUCAACAAUGUGAACUGGGAGCACACUGGCGUGUAUCAGUGCUAUGAUCCUACUUCUGGGGAGACGAGCGAAGUGGUAGUUCUUGUGCCAGAUCCUAAAGUUUGGUUCGUGAAGAGCUCCCACGGCAUGGUGUCGAGGACCAGCGAGGAAAGCAUCGUCCCUUGUGUGGCCACCCACCCGAACAUCACUGUCACUCUGUAUGAGAAGAACUCCAACAGGCUCAUCAAAGGGCACUAUGUGCCCGGCGAGGGCUACAGGGCACAGCUGGAGGAUAGAACAUACGUGUGUCAUGGAGAGCUGAACGGAGAGAUGAAAGAGUCUCAGGAUUUUAACGUUCUCAGCAUUCCAGUGCCCGAAGACAUCACCCCUUACAUCAGCACAUCAAAGACGGUGCUGAAGCAGGGCGAGCCGCUGUCGAUAAACUGCACCGUGCCUGAUGCUGGGCUGGUGUAUUUUACUUGGGCUGUUCCUAGCGCACUGGACGGCAUGGUUUACCCAGAGGCGUCCUUCUCCCAGAAGGGCAUGCACUCCUACCUGAUCUUCCCUGAAACUACGGUGGGCCACAGCGGAAGCUACAUCUGCUACAUUCAAGAAAUGGUCCUGGAUGUCACAGCGUCUUCCACCGUCAACAUCACCGUUCUCGAACACGGUUUUGUGGAGGUGAAGCCUGCUCAGCAGCAGAACAUCUCCGCCAGGCUUCAGGAGAACGUGGAGCUGAGAGUGGAUAUAGAGGCCUACCCUCCUCCUCUGAUUCGCUGGACCAAAGACGGGACCACCAUCAGGGGAGAAAAAUCCAUCUCCAUCCGGCAGGAGCAUGAAAUAAGGUAUGUGACCAUUCUCACCCUGGUGAGGGUGAAGGUGGAGCAGAAGGGCCUCUACACGGUCAUCAUUUCCAAUGGGGACGACAGAAAGGAAGUUAGCUUUGACUUGGAGGUCCAAGUUCCUGCUCUGAUUAAAGAGCUGACCGACCACCAUCUCCCAGGGAUGAAGGACGUGGUGACCUGCGUCGCUGAGGGCUUUCCAGCCCCGACCAUACAGUGGUACAGCUGUGACAGCAUGCUCAAGUGCAGCAACCAGUCGGCCACGUGGCAGCCGCUGAGGCUGGAGCCGGAGGAGCUGAGCAUCCAGACCAACGUCAGCUACAACAAGGCAAGCAAGGUCAGCCUGGUGAAGAGCCAGGUGACCUUCCACAAGCCUCAGCAGGUCACGGUUCGCUGUGAGGCCGACAACCAAGUCGGGGUCCCCAGCAGGAGGGCUGUCAAACUGGUGUCCAGCACCUGGUUCUCCCAGGUGGCAGUACUGGCUGCUGUUCUGGCCUUAGUGGUCAUUGUGAUCUUAUCCAUCAUCAUCCUCAUCGCCGUAUGGAGGAAGAAACCUCGCUAUGAGAUCAGAUGGAAGGUGAUAGAGUCUGUGAGCCAGGAUGGACACGAGUACAUCUAUGUGGACCCCAUCCACCUUCCCUAUGACCUGGCCUGGGAGAUGCCCCGAGAAAACCUGGUGCUGGGUCGCACACUCGGAUCGGGAGCGUUUGGCAGGGUGGUCGAGGCAACUGCGUACGGUCUCACGCAUUCCCGCUCCAGCACAAAGGUGGCAGUGAAAAUGCUCAAAUCCACGGCCAGGAGGAGUGAGACUCAGGCCCUGAUGUCCGAGCUGAAGAUCAUGAGUCACCUGGGACCUCACCUGAACAUAGUCAACCUGCUAGGAGCCUGCACCAAGCAUGGCCCUCUUUACCUGGUUACCGAGUACUGUCGCUACGGUGACCUGGUGGACUACUUGCACAGGAACAAGCACACCUUCCUGCAGUACUACGCUGAGAAGAACCAGGACAGCGGCUGCAUGAUCUCCAGAGGAAGCACCCCUGUCAGCCAGAGAAAAGGUUAUGUGUCCUUCGGAAGCGAAAGCGAUGGAGGUUACAUGGACAUGAGCAAAGACGAGCCCUCCUUCUACGUGCCCAUGCAGGAGCAGCUGGACACCAUCAAAUACGCGGACAUCCAGCCGUCUCCGUACGAGUCCCCCUACCAGCAGGACCUCUACCAGGAACAAGGUGGAGGCAGGCUGGACCUGGUGAUCAGCGACUCUCCCACCCUCACCUACGACGAUCUCCUGGGCUUCAGCUACCAGGUGGCAAAGGGGAUGGACUUCCUGGCCUCAAAGAAUUGUGUCCACCGCGACCUGGCGGCCAGGAACGUGUUGAUCUGUGAAGGCAAGCUGGUGAAGAUCUGCGACUUCGGCCUGGCCAGGGACAUCAUGCACGACUCCAACUACAUCUCCAAAGGCAGCACAUUCCUACCCCUGAAGUGGAUGGCACCGGAAAGUAUUUUCCACAAUUUGUACACCACCCUGAGCGACGUUUGGUCAUAUGGCAUCCUUCUUUGGGAAAUCUUCACUCUGGGAGGAACGCCUUACCCUGAUUUGCCCAUGAAUGAGAUCUUCUACAGUGCUUUGAAGAGAGGCUACAGGAUGGCCAAGCCUGCCCACGCCUCUGAUGAAGUGUAUGAGAUCAUGAAGAAGUGUUGGGAUGAGAAAUUUGAGAAGAGGCCUGAGUUUUCCCUCCUGGUGCACAAUGUGGGGAACAUGCUGAUGGACAGCUACAAAAAGAGAUACAAUCAAGUGAAUGAAAACUUCCUGAAGAGCGACCACCCUGCAGUGGCACGCACAAAAUCUCCGCUCUCCUCACCCUUUCCGAUCACCAACCCUGCCUUCGGCCCUCCGUCUCCGAUCGCCCACCCCCUCCCGGGCCAGCUCAGCCAGAGCCCGAGGCCCGGAGACGGCGGGCGAGAGGCAGACGCACAGGAAGUCCCGCCGUCGUACAACGAGUACAUCAUCCCGCUCCCCGACCUAAAACCUGAGGAACUUUUCACUGAAGUGCCGUCAGAAAGCCCCGCAAGCUCUCUAGCUCUGGAGGAAGAGGCCGAUUCUACUUCUCAUGACACGGCCGAAACUCUUCCCGAGGAGGACAGGGUGGAGGGCACCAGCGAGAGGGACGCUCUGCUGGGCUCCACUGGGACCCCUGAGGUAGAAGACAGCUUCCUGUAGUCCUGCGCGGGAACGUUGAGGAGACAGAGCCCCUUUCUUUAGGCUGAGACGAAACCCGACUAAAACUGAAAUGUAGCAAAAACUGAGACUGAGAAGCAAUCUCUGUAGUUUCACUGAGCUUUCGAAGAAGUACUUCCUCCUUUUGAGAGUUUUUGUUUUCUAUGCGAAGUUAUAAAAAUGAAAAAGGUACAAUCUUUCUCACGCUUCUGGAAGCUUGCCAGGAGAUGAAUAAGGUCAUAUUCGUCCACAAUCAGUUUAACCAAAGUAGUGUUGGUGUUUACUCUAGUUCCCAGUUCGGUCAGACACUUAGACGGCCUUAGGAGGUUCAGAAUGUGCUUUAUUAUUGUGCUAGCUCUGUUUGUCUUUUUGACUGAAAUAUGUGAUUUCUGAGAAGCGGGUAUAUAUUUUUUUCUUUGGCUUUCACAUAGAAAAGUAAUGAAGUCCAACCUUAACAAACAGUUUAAAACAGUUUUAAAACAUGAGCAGAAAUAGAUGGUUUAUUGUUAAAUCACACUUAUAAACUUCUUUUUGCUUACCUCUUGGGUUCUUUCAGUAGCCUUAUUCAUCAUUAUACAUUUAUAAAGUUUCAUUUCUAGGAUCAGAAAUGGAGGAACCUUGGUGCACUGUUUUAAAAAAUAUAUAGAUUUUUUUUUUUCCUCUUAGCUUUGUUGUCAGUGUUUUUAUGCCUGAGUUUUAAUAACCGCUGAGGUUUGUGUUUUCAAUUAUUUUUUAGCCUUCUUUCAUAGUUUUGUGUCAUAUUUGCACUUUAUUUAGAGAAAAUGAGGUUCUUUGCAUUAAAGGUAUAAUGUUACUCUCUGUGAAUAUUAGAAAGCUACAAUGUAGAGCCACUACAGCAUGAAUCUGGGUUUAUUUGAUUGAUUCGAUUCAAAUCUGAUAUCUGUGAAAGAAGGGGAAACACUCGAGCAGCAUAUCACUGCCUUAGCACAAGAUGGCACACAUGAGUGCCUUUGUACUGACAGACGUUUUAUUCAUAGCUCAUACAUGAAAGUUUGUUUUAAUGUACGGUGGAUAUAUAUAUUCCUAUCAAAAUGUUAGGUUGAUAAAUCAUUUCAGAACUUUUUCUACCUUUGAUGUGACAAGUAUCUUGCAUUAUUCAACUUAAAAACAAAUUUGCUGAGGGGGGAAAGGAAAAAAAUAAAUAAAAAAGCUUGAAUAACCUGGUUGAAUACAUUAGUGCAGACUUGUACUAUUAAAGCGUAUUGUUAUUAAAUUUGAGCAUUCAUUCUUCGUGGGUACAUCAAGGGUAGAUGGGUCCAUUAUUUAUAGAGAAUCUGAUAAACUGUAAAUAAAGUUCAACUCUCACAGUUGGAUACAAAUGGUAUUUGCUCAAUGUUGGUGUUUUUGGUGGAAUUAAACUGAAAAUAUGUCACAUUAAAGACAGGAAAUGUUAGGAAACUCUUUAUCGUGUUCCUAUUUUAUUGUGUUGUAAAAGCAUUGCAUAUAAACAUGGGUGAGUAGACCUUUUUAUCCACCGUACGAUGAAAGCCUGGUGUGCACAUGUGAACAAAAUGCUUUCUGUUGCUUUGUGUCACAUUUUCUUGCAUAGUGUUUUACACCUCUGUGCUUAGCAUAUCCAUUAAAUGAACACAUCUUUAUUUCCUGACAAUGUAAAAAGCACACAAUCACUAUGUCACAAAUGACGGUACCAAAGCUCUUGUUAACUUCUACAAAUGUAUUUUUAUAUGUUUCUUUUUUGUAUGCUGUAAAUGUGUCAAUAAAUCAGUAAUAUCACAAU